UCUACCUAUCUCUUUUUAAAGUGCAUGCUUGCUCCCUCUCAUGCGAAUCAUGAAACUCGCGCAGUCGAUUCUUGUAUGUCUAUGGUGUUGUUAAAUUGAUGAACAGUUGUAAACAGUUAUUUACAGUUUAUUUAAAGGCAGAAUAUUAUUAACUGUGUAAUUUGACAUUCAAAUUAUAAAGGAAAGAAACAUUAAAAAUAACACAUAUAUUUUUGAAAGAAAACUUUAUCUACUUUGGUGCGUUUCUGUGGUUUCUGUGAUUAAGGAGUACGAAAAUUCCAGAAAAAGAAAUUUCUAGAAUAUUUUAUUAUAUCGUCUUAGACUUUAUAAUAAAAAAAUAAUAUUAUAUUUGCUUGGUAUUUAGCUUUGUUGUAUGUGUUGACGAAUAUUUUUAAAAAGUUUUAAAAAUAUCAUGGGUGGUGCUCAUCUUCACACUCCACAAUCUGUAUUUAAACACAUGAUAGGACAGCAAAAUGUACCUCAAGAACCUGAACAAUGGUUACAGGUACCUCAGAUUCCUCAGCCUUCAAUGCCAUGGAGUAUUCCAGCACUUCAGCAACCAGAUUUGGUUCGAUUUACCGGCGAAAAUCCUCAAUCAAAAGCUCCAUUAUUUUUGCAUCAGAAAAGAAAACUUGAAAUGCCAGAUCUAGUUGACACACCUUCAAAGCAACAUAUAAGUGAAGAAAAAAUGGCAGCUCAUUUUCAACAGUUACACAUUUCACACAACUCUACAGAAUUAAAUCAAUCUUGUAAUCAAUUUAAUUCACAAGGAGAUUUAGAAAUGGACAGUUCAAAUCUAAUUGAUUUUGAAAAGAAAAUAAAACCUCAAGCAAAAUUAAUUUUAUCCGAGGAACUUAAAAGAUUACAAGAAGAGCCUAUUAUACCGUCAUCAAUAUUGUCAAAACUGGAAAGGCCCACCAUGGCUUUAGUUCUCUGGGAACCACCAAAUAAACAUCUGAGAAUUUUGCAUACUCCUAGAAAUACAUCAACACCAAUUCCUAAUGCAUCUAAUAAUAAUAAUAAUAACAACAAUAAUGCCAUGUCCGAUGAAGAAGGUAAUAAUAAUAACGAGACAGGGCACGACUUAAACCAAGUAUUUCAAAAUCAAUUUAUAUCCACUUACGAACCAAUGGAUUUAUAAGAUUUGAAAGCACACAUUAAGAUUGUUUUUCUUAGCAAACGUUCGUGAUUUUUCUUUUAUAUUAAAAAUGUUUUGUUUUCUUUUUCGAUAUUCAUAAUUUUUAUUAAAAAUUUAUUUUAGUUUUUCAUUGAAUAUAAAAUGUUUAAAGAGUUUAUUGAGAUAAAAAUUGCUUUUUAUAAUGCAAAAAAAUUGAUUUAUAAUUGACAAAUUAUUUUUGCUUCUUUACUACCAUUAUAAUAAUAAAUGUAUAUUUUUUUAACUCGAAAAAAUUGAAUGAAGAGUUUUUUUUUUCAUAAGUAAGAAUGUAAAUGGUAAAAAUGACAAUUGUGAAAGAUCAUGUAAUAUUAAACUUACAAAUAUAGUAAACAUUAGCAUCAUAUACACAUUACAUUACACAUAUUCAUAAUUAUUAUGUAUGUAUGAAGAUUGUAAAAUAAAGUAUGAAUUAUCUUCUUAA